AUGAAAGACCAGCAACUGUACAGCAAGCCCGUGAACUCUCGUGACCUCACGAGCCGUCUUACGCGGAUCAAAAAAUCACACUCGGUCCCCAACGAUGGAGACGCCAUCUCCCGACUCCCUCAAUUCUCCAGAGAGCAGCGAACAGGAACCUCCUCCUCUUCUUCCAGCAUGGACAUCUCACGAUUGCCCAGGUUCAGCAAGUCGACUACUACUUCGACAACUGGAAGCGAUGAUAGCAUCGGCAUCGGUAGACUCCCCGUCAUGCGCACAGAACCUCUCACGCGAACCCACAUGCAGAGCGUUGAGGUUGCACCGGGCGAGUUCUCGAAACCCCGCCUCAAUGGCGCAAGGAAGCGCAGAGCGAAGAGCAGCAGCUCGGCGGGCUCGACCGACGAGUUUCGGUAUUACGGACGCCAUGCGAACAGUUGGCUUUUCAACGACUUCAGCAUCUCAGGCACUGUCAAGAAGGGGUUUGGGAAAGUGUUUUCAGGCCGAGGAGGGGAAGGAGAUGAAGGAAACAAAGAGACUGAGCAGGAUGAGAAGACAGAGAGAUGAUUCCGGUAUCGGCAUUGAAGUCGUGGUACAAUCGCUUAGUCGUGAUCUGAGUCUUUAUUAUGUGCAUGAUCUGUCUGCAACAGUCAGAAGCCGUAAGCACAUGUUAUGGCCAAACAUAGAAUAUAAACCAUGGAAUCAUCU